CCAUCACAUUUCCGAUGCACAAUAACAGCAGUCGCCAUUCCCUAUAUAAACCUGUCCCGAGAAACAGAAUCUCUACUUCUCUCUCCCCUCCCGUCUUCUUUGCUCAAAUAGCCAUCGCGAGUCUCGCGAACUUCCCCAGCUGCCUCAAAGCCGGAGGAGCUCGCCGCCCACUCCAUGCCUCGCGUGCUCCCCGCGGAGCCGGCGGCGACCAAGGCGGCGUUGGCUCGCGGUUUCUGACGAGCUCGCGGGCGCGGAGGCGGGGCGGUCGGCGACUCGGCGGCAUCCCCUCCCUCCCUACGCUGCAACCGCAACAAGUAAGCCCGAUCGAUCGCUGCUCCUGCCUGUUUCAGUGUUUCUGCUCCGGUUAAAAUUCAGAAAGUUCACGGGAAAUGCAUUGCGAAUUUUAACUGUACAGAUGUUUCGUUUAGUCCUAUCUAGAAACUUUUUUUUUUAACGGUUCGACCGCGACGACGUUUUUGUCUCAAAUGAAAACGAAACGACGUUUUUAGUGGAGAGACUACAGCAAAAUUUCCAAUGUUCAGAACUAGGACCAGGAGGAUACUCUAGUCUAUAGCUAUAGCUGCCAUAAACGCAGAUGAUUUUGAGAAACGUGGCCCAUGCACCACCACCACCACCGCGCCAUAGCUAAACAACAAGACAACGUAACUCAGCUAGCUGCAGUUUCACUUUCACAGUAGGAGGAGGAAGGAAGCAAGGAACGCGAGAAAGAGGCCACAGCACAUGCAGCUUCUUAAAUACACAGUACCAACUAAAGUGUCGCAACAGUGCUCGUAGUAUUAUUGCAACGCAGCUAGUAGCCGAGAGCAGCGGUGUGUACCUCGACGUGUGUGACAUGACAUCCUAGGAAGAGAUCUCUAGCCGCGCGCUGCCCGGCCUGAACAAUGGCAGGAUCGUCGGCAGUGCAGCGGCGCCGCUGCAACGCUACUAGCUACUCCUCCUCGCUGACACGAAGCAUCAGCUUCGUUUACUACUUGUCAUUAAUAAAAAUCUCGAUAGCAGCAAGGUUUGGUUGAGUUGAGCUCAUCCGGUGUCUUCUGACUUCCAUGGUCAGCUUGCUCGCGUAAUCUCGUCCGUUUUCUAAUGCCUCUAGAGUCCAAUGGAAAUAUGGAAUCUUGCCCUUUGUUUACGUCAGUAGUUGCUGUAGCUCUAUCUGGCCCCUUCGUCAGGACAAAAGGCCACUGUCUCUAACAUAUUAAAAUUCAAACGGCUUCGAAAUGUUUACAAGUAGGUAUACUUGCAUUGGUUUCAAUUUUAAAAAGGAUCAAAAAUAUAGUUGGCGUAUGAAUGCUUCACCACUCAUUUUUUUUCUGUUACUAUAAGGAGUGGCAUUCCUGUCCGUGCACGGGUCAUGCAGUUCCAAAUACUAUUAAUUAGCUCAUUAACGUGUAUUAGAACGCAAGAAGCCGAGAUCGGCGCGCGGCUUUUGCUGUUCUUGUUAUAACGGUUGCAGUAAAAUUAUUGGAGCUUUUGAUGAUAAACACGGCUUCUUUCCACAUAGAAAGCUACUGAAUUUCCCACUAAAACGAAGCGUUCAUCAAACAAUCACCUGUGUGGACCAAAGCAAUAAUAGCAUCGUCUCUUAACUAAUGCCAUUAAAAUUUAGGCCCAAUUCGCUUUUGCUUAACCACCGAAUGUACAUUAAACAUCAAAUGAAGCGUGCAACUUGGUCGCCGCAACAAAUACAAUCAUCGCCAUGCCGUCCAAGCUAUGGGUAUCUAUAGAUACAAUUAUUUGGGGGACAAGGGCUCGGCAUGUUUUUGCGCUGCUGUGUAUUUAAUUCUAGUCCGAUGUGCAACAGAGUGGGAUUGAUGGCGACCCAAGAUCAGUUUGUUUACAGCCAAUCUUGUUUAACCUUAGGUGUACUUUGGUCACGCAUAGCUUGUGCCCUGUUCUAAAGGACACGUGUAAUGGUAUCGAUCACUACCCUGGUUUGAAUUAUGCCUUCUUUGUAAGCAGUGAUCCUUUUGGAAAAUUUGUAGGAACUAGUUCGAUAUUGGUAAAUAAUACUCGUAAGUACAACAAUUUUGCAAUUCAAAUAGGACCUAAGAGUAAGACUCGUAAGUUUUAUUUUUGGUCUGGUCCCCUUGUUACUAUGAAUCUUCUACGGAGUACACAUUUUUUGUGUGGAGCCUACAGACAAUUCCCAACAUGAUCAGAUAUUCAGGUUCCUUCUUCUCUGACAUGUUCUAUCCAUACCACUCAGGCACCUUCCUCUCCACUCUCCAGCUAUCUUCCCCUCAACAAUUAAUAUUCAGUCCAUUGAUUAGAGAACACACAUACACACACACAAAAAAAAAAUCAGAUAUCUUCCCCCACGUAGCUAACUCGAUUCAUUGUCCAAUAAUGAAUCAGCCGGCGAAAACCCCCAAAAAAGAAAGAGAGAAUAAAAUGAAAGGAACGCAAAAGAAACCUAUAGGUAAUCAUCUGAAGUAGCUGUCGCUAGAAAUCUGUAUCAACCACACCAUGGGGGGAGCAGGGCCCUCUUGCCUUUCGAUCGACACGCAUCGGUCUCUGCCAAGUAAAAACGUCGCCAAAGGCCAGCAGCGACGGCAGGGUCGCGGGACCGACGCGUCAGAUGCCUCGUCCGGCCGUGAUGGCUGCUACAGUUUCCGCUCGUACCCGUCCUACGUGUCCGCACAGUAGCUCAACCCACAACGCAAUGAAAUGAAGCAGCAUUGUAGUGGUAGUAAUAUUUUUUACUGUUUAGUGGAUUAUAUGUUGCUGCGACUGUGAGCAAUUUACUUCGGUAGUAGUAACUGUGAUGGUUGCUUGCUUGUUGUUUGGUCAUGGUGAUGGUGGUGUGCUUGGUCUACUUGGAGGUUUAGGCCACUCUUUGAUGGCUUCAAAUCUGCCAAACCUUCUAUUUAAGGUGUCCGUGUGCAUUUACUUGCAUGUGUCCAUGUCCAGUCCUUUGGUUUUGCAACAUGUGGUGGCCGCCUGCGUUGCCAGUUCGCCAAUUGGGCCCAAAAAAAAAAGGAAAAAAACGUCACCUUUUUUUCACGUUUCGCCUCACGGCCCUCACCGGGAAGCGGUAGUGAUGGCGGUGGCGCCGCGCAGGCCAUGACCAUUUCCCUGACCGGAUUGUCGUUAAGGGCUCUUCUCUUAUUGUUGUUAUUAUUAUCGUUCAAAAAUGGACAGGCUGCAGCAGCAGCGGCGGCGGCAUGAGGCGCUGACCGGGCGGCGCCGUGGUGGUGGCGGAGGGAUGUCGCGGCGGCACGGCCGGUUCCGGUUCGCCACCGGCGGCGGCGACGGCGACGGCGACGAGGAAUGCGCUGGCGUGGCGGUGGUGGACCAGGCGGACUGCACGGCGCAGUCGUGCCGGUCGUGCGUGGCGGUGUCGCUGGCGGACUGCAUCGCGCUCGGGUGCUGCCCGUGCGCGGUGGUGAGCCUGCUCGGGCUGGCGUUCGUCAAGCUCCCGCUGGCGGUGGCGCGGCGGUGCGCGCGCCGGCUGCGGCGGCGGCAGGGGAGGCUGCGGCAGAAGAAGCGGGUGCGCGACCUGGACGCCGCGAAGAACGCGGCGGGCGGGGGGCACCAGGAGCCGCUCCCCGGCGGCGCGGCGGCCGCGUCGAAAGGCGAGGACGGCGACGUCGUGGUGGUCGCCGCCGCCGCCGCCGCGUCCCCCGGCAGCGACGACGCGGAGAACGUGUGGCUGGAGUUGUACCAGGUGGGCCGCUGGGGCUUCGGCCGCCUGUCCGUCUCGGCGGCGAACCCGCCCGUCAGGCCGUCCUACGUGGUGGCCACCGCCCGCAACGCCGACUGCGCCGCCGACGGCGACGUCUCUUGACCGUCGAGACAACCAAUGCCAGCCCCGUGCCGUCGAAUCGACGCCAUUUGCUGCUCCCCCAGCUCGAUCAAUUCUCCCGUGCGAUUUGUCGCCGCGCUGGGCGAACGCAAGUACAACCUGUGAGCUGUAUGCCAUGGUCCAAGUAGAAAUUGGUCGGCGACGUUCGAGAGAGCGGCAUGAGUGAUUGACUCGAACUUCGAAGGACUUGAGUUCAUGAUUUCUCUCUCUCUUCUCCUUUUUUGAAGGAAAUCUUCUUCCUUUUUGUUGUUCAGGGAGCUCGAAGUGUACUCACAAGUGUAGAUAAUUUGUGCCGUCGAGCUCCUUCCUCCAUCCAAGCAUAAUGCCGUCUUCGGUGAUCGCUCUGUACAUACCACCAUUUCUCAGAUAAAUUUUAUCUGCGUGAUAAGAGUGUGGCAUUGCGCUCCAACUUUGGCUCA